UUUGAGCUUUUCAAAAAAAUCAAACUAAUUGUUGAAUGUCCUCCUACCAGAAUAUCAUGACUUCAGAGCAUAUCAACGAUGUGGACUAUUUAGAACAAGAAGAGGAAGAGUACUUUUAUGAUAUCCCUUAUGAACCUAUUAUGAGACCAGACGCUGCAUCCUGUACAGCUGUGUUGCAAAGGAUGGGCCUGUUUACUGGAGUUUUGAGUUUCUUCGGAAGCAUGUUUAUAACUAACGCUUUAUACGGGGAAAGAGCAAACCUUGGUCGCUAUGUACGAACUGGUUUAGUUGGUUCGUUUGUAUUCAGUUUUGCAGCUUGCCUUCAUACCUAUCAUACCGCAACUCAGUGUAAGCCUUGCAAUAGGGAAGUUUCACGUAACGCUGCCAAGCACUUGCCCAGAUUCACUUAAGGUAAGACAUACCAACAAUGUACAACCUUUUAUUUCGGAUGACAACUUAAGAGUGCUGCUUCACUGAAUAUGCAACUGUUGAACUCAAUAAUAUUGCUGAUCUCACAACUCUUUUGCUCAUCUCAUUCUUUCCCACUUUUGACUGCUGUUCUG